ACCUGUGCUGCUGUGCAGGUGAUAUUAUCAUCACCCUCUUUGAGAUUUUUGACGGUUUGAGCUGCUGAGAAAGAAGAGAGAGAGAGAGAGAGUGAACCCCCAACGGUUUCUGAUACUUUCUCUGCUUACCAUACACACUCUCAUACGCAAGAACAAAGCUUUUUUUGAGAGCUGAAAAGGGGAAGAGGAGAGCCAACGAGGGUUUUGUUGUUUAAUUUGGUUUGAUUUUUAGGUUUUGUGUUUGGUGUGAAUUUUGGUUUUGCAGGUCAGGAAAUAUGGCAAACAAAGUCGAUGAGGUUAUUUCUGUAGAACUCCCAGCUCCUCCUGCUUGGAAAAAACUGUUCUUGCCCAAGAAAGGAGGGACGCCAAGGAAAAAUGAGAUUGUAUUCAUUGCGCCAACUGGGGAAGAGAUUAGUCACAGAAAACAGUUAGAGCAGUACCUGAAAUCACAUCCUGGUAAUCCUUCAAUAUCAGUGUUUGAUUGGAGUACCGGUGAGUCCCCUCGGAGAUCUGCAAGGAUCAGUGAGAAGGCCAAGGCAACUCCGCCACCAGAGAAUGAGCCACCAAAAAAACGAGGUAGAAAAUCACCAGGUUCAAAGAAGGCCAAGAUAGAGGUGGAAGGUCAUGAAAAACAUGAGGGUGCAAAUGAAAUUGAAAUGCAAGAUGCAGAAGCUGAAAAGGAAAAUGACAGUGCCAAUGAAAAUCAGGUUGAAACUGGAGGUAAAACAAGAGAAGAAACUGACCAAACUAAAACUAUGGAUGUGAAUACAGAUGAAAAAAAUCAAGAGGAUGGUAAAAAUGAACCCCAGGGUGAUGCCAAGGAAACCAAGGAUCAUAAUCAUGCAGAAGGAGAAGCAGAAGCAGAAGCUGCCAUUGCCAGGGAAGCCCUAGCUGAGAAGAAAGAUCAAAGGCAAGAAGUUGCUACAGAAGACCAACCUUCCAAAGAACCUAUUGCUACCAAGGUGGCUGAAAAUGAGAAAACAAAGCUGUCAGAAACUGAAACAGAGAAAGCAAAUGGUACCAGUGACAAGAAAGAAGAUGAACCUGCUCCUGUGACUGUAGAAGAAAAUUGGGGAGCUGAGAAACAGAACCCUAAUGGAGUGAAACCUGCAUCGGAGGGAGAGAUCAAAGGGCAAAAGGACAUAGAGAAAGUAGAGAAGAAAGAUGGGGAGGUUGUUGAAAAUGGAAAAGUUGACCAAGUGGGGCGAUCUGAUACCCCACAGCAUUCAUCACCCGCACCUGUGAGCUGCUGAAUGUAGUUCGUUACCAUCAGUUGCCAUCAGCCAUUCUGUAAUUCUCUGGUAAACUUUCCCCCCCCCCUUUUUUUUUUUUUUUUUUUCUUUUUGGUAGUUUCUUUUCUACAAGUGAGCAACUUUAGGAUCCGUGGAUGACUAAGUCUGUGUUAUCUAAGUUAAUUCUCAAUUGUAUUGUAUUCUGUCUAGUAGAAUAGUGGAUAGAUUAUCAAGUGCUUAAAUUGUUUAGGGAAGUUAGUUUGUAGAAUGUGAGACAUCUGUGUUGGUUUACGUGGCCUGCUCUUCGUGUUGUACAAUGGGUCUUAGAUCCUGCAGUGUUCGUAGGUUGUUAGAUUGUUGAUGUCGUCAGUGUAUAACUACUACUAUUACGUUUCUCUAGCUGCUUCUUUUGUUGAAGCUGUAAUUGUGAAACUGUAUGGAAUAGUGCCUUUUCCAUAGCUUGUGUUUGGGUAGGGCUAUAUCAUGUUCUGGCUUAAUAAAAAUGUAUUCAGGGUAAGGUCGGAACCCUGCUUGAAUUAGUUGAGACUGAAAUUGAUCGGAUGCUGCUGCUUUUCGAAAUUUGAUUCCAAACAUUGCAAAGUCUUGUUGACGCCCUAUUCUCACCCGCAGAAGGCCUUGCUUCUUGCUUUUUGUUUUUCCUUUUCUAGUACGACUUUCCUAUAUAUGACGUAGAAAUUUUGUAUAUUUCCGCCAGUAAUUAAUAUGUAACAGCUUACACUUUUUCCUAGAAUGGUAAUUUAAUUUUAGUAUUAUUUAAUUUUAAUGUAAAA